AUGAUCAUGGGCGUGCAGCUCGCCAUGUUCACCAACAUACUGGGCGUGUCGCUCUUCUUGCUUGUCGUUCUCUACCACUACGUGGCCGUCAACAAUCCCAAGAAGCAGGAAUGA